AGUGGGUCAAAGAUCAGAUUUCGCCCCGCUGCAUUCUCCGGGUGCCGCACUUGAGCGUGAGAGAGAGAGGGUACAAGUGAAGACACCAAGUGACCUACAGACAAGCUCAGCUUCACCCAACGCCGCAGCAGCCCCCCGUAGGAGCUGCACCACCGCCUGCGCCUCCUCCCCGCAGCUCAUGAAGGAGCCAGGAUUUAGAGGGCUUUCCCCGACAUUAUGGUGGGAGGAUAAUGCAGCAAGGCAAAGGAGAGGUUCAUCUCUGGAGGCACCUGGAGGUGAAGGUACAACUGUAGAGUCAUGAUGACUCAGACGGAGUGAUUAUCGGGAAUCAGGAGAAAGUUGGCAGCAAAAAGAUAAAAAGGCCCAAAAGUCACCAAAAGAGGUAAACAUCUGGGGGUGAGAAAUGCACAGUCAGGAUGAGGGAGGAGGUACAGACGGAGGAGGAGAGCAGUCAGCGGAAAAGCAAAAAGCCGAGGAGGCCAACAAGGAUCAGAAGCAGAGUAAAGAUGAGUCCAACAAGCUGGAGAGGGAGAGCAGCGAGAAGGAACCAGGGAGCGGGAGCAGGAGGGAGAGCCGCCGGGCCGGUCCUCCCAGGAUGGGCUGGGCUCUGAGCGACCGCCUGGCCAUCAACGUGUCAGGGAUGCGCUACGAGACCCAGCUCCGGACGCUCGCCCAGUUCCCGGACACGCUGCUGGGCGACUCUCAGCGCCGCCUUCGCUACUUUGACCCGCUGCGUAACGAACUGUUCUUGGACAGAAACCGCAUCUGCUUCGAGGCCAUCCUCUACUUCUACCAGUCGGGGGGGAGGCUGAGGAGGCCUGCAAACGUCCCCCUGGACAUCUUCAUGGAGGAGCUGCACUUCUAUGAGCUCGGAGAGGAGACCAUCGACCGCUUCAAGGAGGAUGAGGGCUUCCCCAAAGAGGAGGAGAGACCUCUGCCAGCCAAAAAGUGGCAGCAGAAGAUCUGGAUGCUGUUUGAGUAUCCAGAGUCUUCCGGUGGAGCGCGGAUCAUCGCCAUCAUCAGCGUCAUGGUCAUCAUCCUCUCCAUUCUCAUCUUCUGCCUGGAGACUCUGCCCGAGUUCAGACAGGAGAAAGAGCGGAGGGAGCAAUACACCAUCACCCCUCACCCCACCAUACCCAACGAAACCGUCCAGGUCCCGCCAAAGUUCACCCCCUUCCACGACCCGUUCUUCAUCGUGGAGACCAUCUGCAUCUGCUGGUUUUCCUUCGAGCUGAUUAUGCGCUUCAUCAGCGCUCCGAGCAAGAUGAGCUUCUUCAAGGACGUCAUGAACGUCAUCGACUUCUUGGCCAUUCUGCCUUAUUUUGUCACAGUGGGCACGGAGCUCGGCAAGGACAAAGACACCCAGCCCUCGGUGUCUCUGGCCCUCAUCAGGGUCAUCAGGCUGGUGAGAGUCUUCAGGAUCUUUAAACUUUCCCGUCACUCCAAAGGCCUACAGAUCCUCGGUCAGACCCUGAAGGCCAGCCUGCGGGAGCUGGCCCUGCUCAUCUUCUUCCUCUUCAUCGGAGUCAUCAUUUUCUCCAGUGCCGCCUAUUUUGCUGAGGCGGACAGUCCAAACACGGCCUUCACCAGCAUACCUGAAGCUUUCUGGUGGGCGGUGGUUUCCAUGACAACGGUGGGCUACGGUGACAUGUGCCCGAUUACGGUUGGGGGAAAGCUGGUGGGCUCCAUGUGCGCCAUCGCAGGCGUGCUCACCAUCUCCUUGCCCGUGCCCGUCAUCGUGUCCAACUUUAGCUACUUCUACCACAGAGAGAUGGAAUGUGAAGACACCAGAGAGUACCACCACGUCUCCACGUCCGUCUGGGAGAAGAGCGAAGAGGACGGAGACGAGGACGACGAGGAGGACGGAAUGGACGAAGAUCCGGAGAGCAUGUUGGAUUACGCACCCCUGUACGGGCAGAAUAGGGCUAUGUGCCCUCCACUCAAUGGGACCCUCAUGGCUGGGGUUUGCGGCGGACAGGAAACAGGCGACCCUGUGACCUUAAGGUUCUGUCCCAAGGAACCCUUGGUUACUCAGGUCUGACAAUUUUACACUUUGCUGCAGAAAAAGAGGGAAAGUACUGCCAAGAAAACAAAACAAAAAAACUUCAACACUGGGAGAAACCAGGUUUGAAACGUUGAUUUUUACGUUUUGUGUGAACUUAUGGAACGAAAAAAAUCUAAAUGUGUUAAAAACAUUUCGUCUCCAGCUGCAAAGCAUGGGAUGUCUGCCUCUGCAUAUCUGUUUUAUCAGACAUAUUUAAUUGUAAAUGAUAAAUGUUGCUCUAAAAGUGAACAUGACAGGAAAAUACUGUAAAAGUUACUUCUUCUCAGCUGUUAUUCAAACUUUAAAGUUUGUUUCUGCCUUUGUGUGCAGCAAAUCUGUAAUUAUUCCGAUCAUCGAGGUAAAAGCUGUUUCUCCUCACUCCUAUUUUUUAUUUUCUGAUUGUACAAGUCUGUGGUGCAAAAAUGCGGAUGCACUGAACGUCUGGACAACAGCGUAACGAACGCUGCACGUGCUGCACAUCUGUGAGUGGAAGUUCACUGAUCAGUCCAGCAUCUGUCCGUGUGCAUGUGUGGCAGUGGUUGCAGGUGUUAAAGCUCAGCUCGCCACAGUCAAUGUGGCAGGAAAGUGUUUCUGCAUUCUCAUGCUAACAAGGGCAGAACAGAGAUUCUUCUCUUCUCUGACAGCGCUGCAGAACAUUUUGGUCGACCACAGACCAGUUUAAAGACCAACUCCGGUCAUUUUUUAAUCUAUCAAAUCGUUCCCAGUGGUCUUUUAAUUAUGAUGAUGGGGUUUUUAGCCAAAAUCUAAUAAACAGUCUUUUUCUAAGUUCUGCAGAGCAAUAGUAGUAGUGCCUCCUCCUCCUCCCCAUUACUGAGAGCUCUCUGUUUACAUGCUCUCCUGCUAGCUUACAGUUUUUUGUUUUUUUUUUCUUUAUUGAUGCAGAACAAAAGUGACAUACAGCAAAAGAACAAGGAACAAUAAGCUGUACAUCAAAUGUUCAAAAUAAAUGCCAGGGGAUAUACAAGCAAAAAAAUAAACUUACACUAAAUUAUACAGCUGAGCAAGGUGAUACGUUUUAAUAGCUUUUUUGUUUGUACUGGGGGAAAUGGAAUGUAAGUAACAUCUAACUUGGGCUAGUAAAUCAAGAAAAUUAGGAGCUUUAUUGCUGAAUUUAGAUUUGUGAAUAUAAUUCUUGGUUAAUAAAAUUAGAAGAUUUAUUAAAUAAAAUUGAGAUAAAAAUGUCUUAUCAUAAUUAAUGUAACCAAAUAAGAUGUAAGAUGUAAUAAGAUGCUUACAAAAAAAAGAAGGCGAGCAAUAUUGGAGCCAUCCAGCUGUAUAGUUUGGAGCCAGAUGGAUCUAUUUGUCUGCAAGUGGAUGCAUCAGAGUGGAGCGGAGGAGCAGGGAGCUUGUGGCCUGCUGAAUGUAUUUUCCAUGUCACAAAUAAGCUCUUUUUUUCAAAUGGCAUUAUUUCAUCUGCCUCUGAUGCACAAUGAAAUGCAACUUAGAGCUUAAUUUUCUUUGUAUAGGUCCUCCAUCAUCAGAAAAAAGCCACGAAAGUGUGAGAAAAACACCAAAACCUCAAGAACACGCACUUUUUGCUGAGUGACUAAUCCAGCAACAAAGUUGAUUGGAUGAUCAAGAUUUUAAAAGUCAGCAAAUCUCAAAGUUUUGUCCCAACAUCAGUAAAACUCCUUAUAUAGCUGAUGAAGCAAAGACUUCAGCUGUUCUUGCACUGGAUGGACUUAGUGAACCCACAAAGGACUUUUUGUCGCACGAAGAGUCUAUGGAUGUUAGGAAAGCUGUUCUGAAACGGUGAACUCUAACUGAAACAUGGUUUCCCAUCAUAACACCGGGUUUGGGGAACAAAUGCAAUGCAUUUACCUGUCUUCACAUCUGUUUCACAGCAGCUCUUUCCACGGUUUGCACAUCUGGAAACUCUUGUCUCUUUCUCCGCAAAGAAAAAGCUGUAAUGUGUCUGCACUAAACUGUAUUCGAGUUACAGCAAAUUUCCUGUGAUUGUAUUUUUGAGAACGCUUUUGCACAAUGUUAAAAAAUAACCAGUUAAACAAGACAAGUACGAAGGCAGAAAAAACACGCGUGUUCACGCUUUUAAACUUCUGGAACUGAACAGACACUGGUAAAAAGACAGGACCACCACCCAAAUAAACCCGGAGCUAUUGGUGUGCAGUGUGAAAUUUAAAUCCAAAUUCCUAUUUGCCUCUUACUUCUUUCAUUUCUGUCAAACUGUCAGUGUUUGUAACGUCCACACACAUAAACAAAUUGAUUUCUAUCCUGAUUUCUAAAGGGAACGUCGUGGAAGAAGCUACAAAUGAGUUUUGGAAACAGGAAACCAGGUGAUAAGGAAAUGAGAUGUUUGAUCUUGCUUAGCAGGACGUGUUUGUGAAGCUUUUUAAAAAGUAUAUUUAUGUUGGUUUGGCUGUGUGAAUGAUGAGAAGUCUGAAUCCUCAGGGUGGAAGAAGCUUUGUAAUUAAAAAGGUCUUUCUUUACUUAAUAAAGACGGUGUUUUAUCACUCCGGCCA